AUCGAUGAAUGCAGCAACGGUAGCCAUGAUUGCCACCAAAAUGCAACUUGUGCAAAUACCCCUGGACGCUUUAAUUGCAGCUGUCAGUCAGGAUUUGUAGGAAAUGGCCACCAAUGUCAUGGUAUAAUAUUGACCGAUUUUCAAUUGAUCUGAAAGUUUAUGUCGAUCUUCAAUUAUGUUUUACAUUUUUUUACCCUUCUUUUUAAUUAGAUAUCGAUGAAUGCAGCAACGGUAGCCAUGAUUGCCACCAAAAUGCAACUUGCAUAAAUACCCCUGGACAGUUUAAUUGCAGCUGUCAGUCAGGAUUCACGGGAGAUGGUCACCAAUGUUAUGGUAUGACUCACUUCUAAAAGGAAUUGCAAUUAAAUUUGGAAUGGGUGAUAAAUCGUAAAACCGGCGACCAGCGCGAUGAAUGCAAACAAACCCAAUGAGCCACAAUCGCCACAAACAUAUGUCUUGUAUUUAUACUCAGCUGGAAAGAAAUUCGUAUAAGGCCAGAAGUUACACUGUCAUGAUAACAAUAAUAUUUUACUUAAUUUGUAUUGGAUCGGGAAUCUAAUUCUUUAAUCUUUAAUGUCUCGUAGCAAUAGCAGCCCUGCUUGCCACCAGCAAGGAAUUGGUGUUAAUAUUGCUAUGCAGGCACCUGUCAGCCAGUUAUCUCCCGAAAAGGCCGUCAGUGACGUUUCGUAAUUUGCUUCUUCCUUAGUGAGAAAAUAGACUUUACUUGAACUUUGACCAAUUACUUUUGCUUUAUGGUCUGAAUAUAUACGACAGAGUGGAUCGAAGUUUAAAAUUUCGACUAAAGAAGAGAUAAAAUUAUAGUUUAUGUUAUAGAAAGUAAAAAGAAACAAUCGCAUCUUCAUGAGAGACGUUGUACUAAGCCCUUGUUCCUCGAAUAUCUUGGAAUUACCGCGCCACUCCUUCUAAGCCAUAACACAAACAGUUACUGACAAGAAUCGGAUACGUAGUUCCUGAGGACUCGCAGGAGCUAACCACAAAAUUCAAAAUUUAAAAAUACGCAGAUCAAUUCUUCCAUCACGAUUUUUUCGAUUUAUACGAGUUUUAAGUAAAAUGUAUAUACAUCUAAUUAAUUGAUUAAUAAAUGGCGGACCCAAGAUGGUGGAUGGUUCCAGAUCUUUGUUUAUAAUAAACGACGUCAUCGUGAUUUCACUGUGAAGUUACUAAACCGGGAAAACAGCGAAACUGUCUACUGGAAACAAGCCUAUUCCUCGAAUUUCUCAUUCAGUUGUCAGACUCGGGUGCAGCUCAAUUCUGUCGACUGAAGCGGUUGCUGCACACAUGCGGAGCCUAAUGUAGUAACAUGGAAAGAGUUUUCUUAAACAAGAACGCAUCGAAGUGGGAGGAAAGGGAACAUUGUUCGAGCAGGGUUCUUUCAAGAAAUUUGUCAUGCUCUGUGAACUGCGUUCAGAAAGCAAUUGUCUUGUGCUCUUGGUAACCAGGCCACAGAAACAUAGCGUUGUAAUGGCGGACUAAAAUUAAUGGUUUUUGAGCGCAAAAAAAGACCACUUUCCUUAAUCGUAUGAAGCUAUAAUUUGCACACCGUGUACUUCAAGUACUAAACUGCCAAUCUAGCAAAAAAAAUGAUAGUCAAGGAUUUGAUCGUAGUAGCACUUUAAGGCGGACAGUAAUCCAUAAAAUAAACGACACUACUCCUUAACGCAGGUACUAUCAGCGUGGGCUUUUUAACCUUCAACAACCUUGGACUGUGAGUAAUUAUUAAGAAACUAUAAACUGGUUAUUAAGAAACCCGGCCAUACACAAGAUAAACCUUAAGAAUAACAAUUUUUUGUAAACAAAUCAUGUACUAAGUUAACCUCACUGUACAGUUGACUUUCAAAGAAUAGACAGAAGCGUUGCGUCGGCUGUCUAAGAACGGCUGAGUAAGGAACGAAAUAUAAAGACGAGGCAAUGGAUUAUAAACAACUUGUCCAGGUUUUGUCCGAUAUGCCUCUGACAAGAAUUGCCGCCGUGACAGCGAUCCUUUAAUUAUGUUUGAGCGGAUUAUCUUUAAUAGACUUCAGUUUUCAUGUUUUAUUCAGUCCAAAUGUAGUUCAUGUUUUGUUACCCAAGAGAACCGUUUCUUUCAAAUUUCGGCAUUACAUUUAGUUGCACAUGUACGCAUAAUUAAAAAAGAAAAGACAAAAGGAAAGGGGAAAAUUUCUUUGAUAACUGAUCACAUGACCUUUAUUUGGGAAACAAAGGCAUACAAGCCAGGGGCACCCAACGAGAAUAUAGUUCAAAACCACAUAAACAUAGCAUUUUUGAACGUACUUUAGUAUUUGAACGGUAGAUAAAGGCUUAUUUUUAUCCCCUAAAAAUUUUUCAUCUGUUCGGAUUUCCUAGCUGAAAGUAUAGUGAUCCGAAAAUUAUAGGGAUCAAAAUUUACCUUUUCGAAAAUUUCAGCCAAAAAAGGCUCCCAAAAGUUCUAGGUGACCUUUUAAGGGUAAAAAUCCGUUAAAUAUGGGCAGUUAUACGAUUUUUUUGAACUUCGAAAAUCCUAGGAGAGGCAGGCAAGCAAUAAUUUUUUCAGAAAAUGAUCCGAAAAUUCUAGAUCUCAAAUCGUCUUCCGAACAGAUAAUUUUCCGAAAAUCGUCGUUGGGUGCCCCUGAUACAAGCAAGCAGUUGUGCUUUAGUUGGUUGAACAUGAAAGUUUGCUAAAUGCAGUGCUCACCUUUAAUGAAAGUGCAGUAAGAUGUAUUAUACUUCGGAUUUAUUAUGCCACACAUACUUCCUCUUUCAGACCUCGAGUAAUGGAAAAAGUCGGUAAAAUCUUAACCAUCUCAAGACCGUCAUCCACGCGCACUCUAGGAUUCCACAUUAUAACACCGAGUUAAACCACAUUUAAUUGUAUUUCUCUCGUACUUUGUGGGACCCACGAUCACCCUAUGUCACCCGACACAUAUACAUAUUUGUUCGCAAAUUGUCUUUGGUCAAACGUUUACAAAAAUCACAACCAAAGUUUCGAAAGAGUUUUGCUGUUCGAGAAACCGGCAAAAAGUGAAAUGUAGCGUUUACGUCAUAGCUGCGAAAAUAAUGAUUAUAAAUUUGCCAAAAUUCUGGCAUUUUCAGAGUGUUCAGGAAAAAAACCAGCUUAAGGUCUCGGUAAAGGAAAACGAGGUGCCCACAGAAAAAAAUUCUAGUCGCGCGAGUAUUUUCGCUACAAAGGCAAGUUAUAUAUCAAAUUAAAGCAAAAAGACUAAAUUACCUUAUAAAAGAUUUUAUUUCAUCGAAUUUCAAAAGGCGCUUAAGUUUUUUGCUCUCGAACUCAGAGGUAUCGAGUUUACUGCUGAAGCUCCAGCCCUUUCGCGUUGUUAAAUAUUCACUUCCUUUUUAUUGCAUCUGAUUGACAGAUAAAAGACCUAAAAAAGCGUGUGAGGAAAUUUGCAUAUGUCUCGUAUUAGCGGAAUUAUUGCAUUUCAAACUAAGAAGUCGAGUCUCGAGCGCGAUUUACGCAAAGAAACUGACAUAAAAUGUGUUACAAAGGGAAAUCGGAAAAUUCCUCACACCCUUUUUGAGUCUAUAUCAUUAUCCAUCAUAUCUGAAAGUUUCAAAGCGAUAGCUUAAAACCUGUCCCGACUGGAGGUCGGAGAAUUUUGAUUUUUGCGUCUAAAAUAGGGUGAGAGAAAAUCAGCUCUAAAGAUUUAGCGCGAGGUCCACGCUUGGCUGGUUAGCUCAGAAAAGGCUCAUUUUAGAAGGGUUAAAAAGCACUUUCUGAUGUUCUUUUUCUGCCAAAAUAAAAUUUAGGACCCACUCAUGCCAAAAAUAAAAACAAAAACAAAAUCGAGCAAUGUACUAAAAUUUUCAUUUACCGAGACCUUAAGAAAAUUUAUUUAUUUCAGUGCUGAAUUGCUCUCAUUUGUUUUCUUAUCCAGAUUGUUCCAGUUAUCACUUUGAAAAAUACCAAGAUUUACCAACCAGAGGAGCUCACGCCGUGGAACAUUUCACCAUUUUUAUAGCGUUCGCCAACUAUAAAAGUGACACCGCCGAAAAAUAUAACACAGAUUCUUUUAUCUACAAGUUCAACGAUUUGACUGGAAAAUUCUUUCUUUAUCAGACCAUAGGCACACAUGGAGGGCAUGACGUGGAAUAUUUUACAAUUUGUGGCGAACAUUAUCUUGCUGUUGCUAAUGUUCAAAAUGAAACUACGUUCAGAUUGAACUCAGUUAUUUAUCAUUGGAAUGGAACAUUGUUUGUUGCCUUUCAAAACCUUGCAACUAAAGGAGGAGCCAGCUUAAAUUUUUUUACAAUAGCGAAAGAACCUUUUCUUACCGUAUGCAAUCUCUUUGAUGAUGUUAAGCGUAGUAUUAACUCAACCAUCUACAAGUGGAAGAACAACAUGUUUGAAAAAUUUCAGGAGAUAGCGACAGAGGGAUGUCGUGGAAAUGAUGCGUUUGUAAUUAACAUUCUCAAACUCAUUAAGAAUUCAUAAAGAAAAUACAAAGAAAAUUAAUGUUUAAUGAGUGUUUGGAAAUCGGAUGAAAAACUGCUCAGUUUUGCAAACGAUUUUGUUUGUCGUCAAACAUUCGACACAGUGUUUAUCAGAGGGCUUCGUCAAAAAUACUCCGGCGCGUCGCAACUUUGUCAUCUGGUGAUGAAAGACUGCAAAACGUCAACUUCAGAGGGCUGGGAUGCAAGCUGCAAAACCUUCAAAAGAAAAGUGCAAUGAAUGUAAAGUCCUUUUACAUUAAUGAUGAUGCGUUUCUCGCCACUGCCUCUCGACCCGCACAGUCGUUCAUUCACAAGUGGAAUGGAAGUCAGUUUGUCCUAAAUCAGACUAUUCCUACUUACCGGGCCAGGGUCCUGCAUCCCUUUGUUAUGUGCGGUCAAACAUUUCUUGGCGCGGCUAAUCGGGGUAGGGUUGGCACCUACCACAUAAAGUCAGUGGUGUAUCGGUUCUCUCAGGACCAGUUCACUGAAUACCAGAAUAUUUCAACUUUUGGAGCUAUUGAUAUGACGUCAUUUGAGCACAAGGGUUAUACUUACUUGGCAAUUGCUAAUUCAGGAAAUAAGAACCAAAGGAACAUUAACAGCACUCUGUACAGGUGGACCUAA